AUGAUUGUGUCCAACGUGAGCCUUAGUAGUUGCACAAGCUCUGACAGCGCUUGGUGUGCCACCGACAGCGAGGGGCACCUGGAUGCGCCCUCUCAUAGUACGCUGAGCCCGACAGGGCACCUGAUCGUGGCGGUGUGUCUUGGAUUCAUCGGCACCUUUGGUUUCCUCAACAACCUGCUUGUUCUCGUGCUCUUUUGCCGCUACGAAAAACUUCGGUCGCCCAUAAACCUACUACUGAUCAAUAUUUCCUUCAGUGAUCUGCUGGUCUGUGUGGUUGGAACUCCGUUCAGCUUCGCUGCCAGCACGCAGGGACGAUGGCUCAUCGGACCGAUUGGAUGCGUGUGGUAUGGCUUCGCUAAUACAUUAUUCGGUGUGGUGUCUCUUAUCACAUUGGCUGUGCUGUCCUAUGAGCGUUACUGUACCAUGAUGGCCCCCACAGAGGCCGACGCCACCAACUACCGCAAGAUUGGCUUGGGCAUUGGCCUGUCCUGGGCCUACUCACUGGUUUGGGCGGUGCCACCCCUCUUCGGCUGGAGCAAAUACGGGCUGGAGGGCCCUGGGACCACCUGCUCUGUGAACUGGACCGGCAAGAACGCCAACAAUAUCUCCUACAUCAUCUGCCUCUUCUGUUUCUGCCUCAUCCUCCCAUUCAUUGUCAUUGUCUACUGCUAUGGGAAGCUGCUGCAAGCCAUCAAACAGGUGAGCGGAGUCAACAGCAGUGUGACUCGUAAGCGCGAACAGCGGGUGCUCUUCAUGGUAAUCACCAUGGUGGUCUGCUACCUGCUAUGCUGGCUGCCCUAUGGCAUCAUGGCUCUGCUGGCCACCUUCGGCCGCCCAGGUCUGGUCACUCCCGAGGCCAGCAUUAUCCCCUCCAUCUUGGCAAAAACCAGCACUGUCAUCAACCCCGUCAUCUAUAUCUUCAUGAACAAGCAGUUUUACAGGUGCUUCCUGGCUCUGCUGAUGUGUCAGACACCCCAGAGUGGCUCCAGCUUCAAGAGCUCGUCCAAAAUGAACAAACCCUUCCGAACCGUGCGCCAUACUCACGACAACAACUUAACCUUCAUGGUGGCAUCCGCUGGACACCCCAACACCGGUGCCCCCCAGCCAUCCCACAGCGGGGAGCAGAGGGCUUCCUUGGAUACGGUGAAACCUGCUGCUGUCUCUCUGGUGGCUCACUAUGACACCUGA